AUGCCAGUUUGGAUCGCUCGGUGGGAAAUAAGUGCGGCUGCAUCUCCAGGACCAGUGAACAUUGCAGGAGAAAUCCGCAGCAUUCCUCUGCCGAACCAGAGAAGGGCGCUGGUUUGGCCAUGGGACUGGAGGGCACUGAAGUGUGAAGAAGGCAUCUACGAGGUCCGGGAAGGGGUCUGGAUGGCUCAUGCUUGUGUCAACCUGCUCUCUUUUCUCUUUGUAACAGAGCGGUAUGAAGUCGUGGGAUCUGCAGAUCCUGUGUUUGCUGUAGCUGGUGAAGAUGUGAUUCUGCCCUGUUCAGUCAAACCCAACAUCAGUGUUGUGGACAUGAGAGUGGAGUGGUUUAGAUCCGAUCUGAAAGACACACUAGUGCAUCUUUAUGAUAAUCAUGUAGACAAAAAUACAGAUCAGAAUCAGUCCUACAGAGGGAGAACAAAACUGAAUCAUCAAGAACUACAGAAAGGAGACACAUCACUCAAACUCUCAUCAGUCCGAGUCUCUGAUGAAGGACGUUAUAAGUGUUUUAUUCAGUCCAAAUCUUGGUCUGAUGAUGUCACUGUUGAUGUCAGAGUUGAAGCUGUAGGACGUCCUCCAGUGAUCACUGUAGAUGGGUUUGAUCAUUCAGGCGGGCUUCAUCUACAGUGUGAAUCUGAAGGCUGGUAUCCUGAACCUGAUCUUGAGUGGCUGGGCAGUGAAGGAGUCAGUCUGAGUUCAGAAACUAUGGAGACACACAGAAACACAGACAGAAUCAGUGUGAAACACACCACUACUGUACAUCACAGUUAUGACAAGAUUCACUGCAGAGUCAAACUGAGACAUCACAUGCUGGAGGCACUGAUUAUCAGCUCAAGUAAUAUGUUUCGUUCUUGGAGGACAUCAGUCAUCAUGAUUUCAGUUGCUGUUGUGCUCAGUGUGAUUGCUGGAAUACUGAUAGCUGUGUUUGCUCAUAAAAACAGAGAGAUGAAGUUCAUUUGUUUGACUUUGCUGAUUAUUGGUGGAAUUACAGAUUCAAUAUCAGAGCGGUAUGAAGUCGUGGGACCUGCAGAUCCUGUUCUUGCUGUAGCUGGUGAAGCUGUGAUUCUGCCCUGUUCAGUCAAACCCAACAUCAGUGUUGUGGACAUGAGAGUGGAGUGGUUUAGAUCUGAUCUGAAAGACACACUAGUGCAUCUUUAUGAUGAUCAUGAAGAUAAAAAUACAGAUCAGAGUCAGUCCUACAGAGGGAGAACAAAACUGAUCCAUCAAGAACUACAGAGCGGAGAUGCAUCACUCAAACUCUCAUCAGUCCGAGUCUCUGAUGAAGGACUUUAUAAGUGUUUUAUUGAGUCCAAAUCCUGGCAUGAUGAUGUCACUGUUGAUGUCAGAGUUGAAGCUGUAGGACGUCCUCCAGUGAUCACUGUAGAUGGGUUUGAUCAUUCAGGAGGGCUUCAUCUACAGUGUGAAUCUGAAGGCUGGAACCCUAAACCUGAUCUUGAAUGGCUGGACAGUGAAGGAGUCAGUCUGAGUUCAGAAACUAUGGAGAUUCAAAGAAACACAGACGGAUUCAGUGUGAAACACACCACUACUGUACAUCACAGAGAUGACAAGAUUCACUGCAGAGUCAAACUGAGACAUCACAUGCUGGAGACACUGAUUAUCAGCUCAAGUAAUAUGUUUAGUUCUUGGAGGACAUCAGUCAUCAUGAUUUCAGUUUUUGUUGUGCUGAGUGUGAUUGCUGGAUUACUGAUAGCUGUGUUUGCUCAUAAAAACAGAGAUCACGAUCGACUACAGAAUGAGAAGAGAAGACUACAAAAUGAAUGUGAUCAACUUUCACAACUUCUGAAGACAAUCAUACCUCAAGCUCUCACACAUUCAAGAACACACAAGGUGAAUGUGAUUCUGAAUGCUGAUACGGCUCAUCCAUGUCUCAUCGUGUCUGAUGAUGGGAAACAAGUGAGAAAUGAAAACAGAUGGACAAAAAGAGUGUAUGGAGGAAAAGACAGAUUUGAUAAAUAUCUUGGUGUUCUUGGGAAGGUUGGAUUCUCCUCAGGGUGUUUUUACUUUGAGGUUCAGGUGAAGGGACAAACUAGGUGGUAUUUAGGAGUGACCAGAGCAUCUGUGAACAGGAAGGGGUCGAUCAGUCUGAGUCCUGAGAAUGGAUACUGGACUGUGAGUCUGUUUGAUGGGAAGUAUCGAACUCAUGAGUCUUCAUAUGUCUCUCGUGCUCUGAGUGUGAAUCCUCAGAGGAUCGGUGUGUUUGUGGAUUAUGAGAAGGGUCUCGUCUCCUUUUGUGACGUGGAGUCCAUGUCUCUUAUCUACUCUUUCACUGAUCAGUCUUUUAAUAAGAAACUCUAUCCAUUUGUUAGUUUGGGGUAUUGGAUGAAUGAAAACCCCACUCCACUGAUUAUCUGUGAUGAUUACUAACGAGAUCAGUGACUGAAUUUACAUGAUCCACUGAAAUAAACCAAAAUACAAUUUAAAAAGUGUAACAGCAAUAAAUAUUAAAUAUUAUUUGCACUUCCAGUCAAAAAUAUGGCCACACAAGGGUGAUUUUAUGUUUUCUGUGCUCUUAAAAUGUUUUGAUUUUAAGACUUUUUUUCUUUAAAUGUCUGAAAUUACUUUUUUUUUU